UCUCAUUUGUUUUUAGCUUACAAAAAUUGUGAACUUGUCAAGAGAAGAGCAUAUUAGUAUUUGCUGUUUCAGAACAUAAAUAGCCAAGUUUCGGAAGAAAAACGCAUUAAAGACUUUUUGAAAAUAUGGACAUUUUAGAGGUAAAACUUGAAGAAUCACUUGAACAUAUUCGCUGCUGGGAAUGCGGUGAAACAUUUAAAGAAUGGACAGAACUGGGGAAUCACAGGCAAAGUUCACACAACCUCUACACCUGCAAAUAUUGUACGAAAGAAGAAAAAUCCGUGAUAGACUUUGAGUAUCAUCUUCAAAUCCAUGGUGGAUUCAAGCUCUUCAAGUGUAUCAUCUGCCAUGAGAAUUUUUCGUUCCUCUUUGAACUCAAUGAUCACCUUCCCAAACAUUUAUCUGAAGUCAAAGAUUUAGAGAAAAUUGAAUAUGUGGAAGCAUCGGAAAUACAUGAUGAACCCUGUUCCCAAGAUAUCGAUAUAAAAUCAGAAGACUCUGAUAAUGAGAGUAACAAUUUAGAUCAUUUUCCAGAGUCAGAAGUUGAUCGGAAUGAUGAAGAUAUGAAGUACACUGAAUCAAUAGAAGUUGGUCAAGAAUACAAAAUAAAACGAGGAAGACCCAAGAAAACAGAUCUACCACGUCCUAAGUUAGAAAGGAGAUUCAAAUGUCCACAUUGUCCUCAAACAACAAAAACCUCCACAAACCUUAAACUCCAUCUUCGGACUCACACAGGGGAAAAGCCAUUUGAAUGUGCUGAAUGUGGGAAAUGCUAUGUUCAGAAAUGUGCUUUGCAGAUUCACAUAACAAUGAAGCACGACAGCAACAAGAAAAGAACGGAAGCUUGCCAUAUAUGCGGGAAAACCUUCUACUUUGUACGCAGGCUGAAGGCCCAUAUUCGUGAGAUUCACACCAAACCACGAGAGAGAUAUCCCUGUUCCGUUUGUGGCAAAACCUAUUCCACCAAACACGGUGUGGACUUGCAUAUGCAGAGUCACCUGGACAAGCCACAAGAAUAUAACUGCCCUAAAUGCGAGAAGAAAUUCAAAACUUAUGAUGGGAUGAUGCUACAUAAUCGUCAAUAUCAUAUCUUUGGAAAGCAAUUCAAGUGUAAUUGGGAAUCCUGUGAAUACAGUAGUUGCAGCAAAGCAACGUUAAUACAGCACCUGAGGACCCAUACUGGGGAAAAGCCCUUUAAGUGCAAAUUAUGUGUUAAAUUCUUCUCUACAAAAACCAGCCUUAACAGUCAUAUAGCUCAUCACGGUGCACCAACGCAUCAGUGUACUAUCUGCGAGAAAUCCUUUAAAGUCCAACAAAGUCUCAAGGUUCACGUACAGAGAGUUCAUGCAGAAAGAAAAUUUCCUUGUCUCGUAUGCGAGAAAAAAUAUGCUUCCAAUGCAGAUGCAAUGAGACACAUGAGAGAUACUCAUUCCAUAAAGAAGAAGGAUAAAGUCCAGAAAAAGCAACAAGAGGAUAAUCUUUUAAGAUCAUUUCUCUCAAUAUUUUGCAAAAGGAUAAGCACUCCUAAGAUGGAUAUGUAUCAGGCCACGGUAAAAGUGGAAGUCACCGAGGGACUGCAGUGUGUGCAUUGUGAAAAUUUUGUAGAAAACAGUGAAUAUGAUAAACACAGAGAUAUUUGCAAGAAAGCAUCCUCCUACUCCUGCAAAACAUGUCUAAAAGAGGAAUCCAGCCUCUUGGAUUUUGAGUCUCAUUUGCAAAAUCAUGGGGGAUUUAAAUUCUUCAAAUGUAUCAUCUGCCAGGAAAUUUUUACGCAUUUGUGGGAAUUAAACAAUCACUUACCUAGUCAUCUGCCAGAGGAGAAAUUUGUCGAAGCUGAACAAUCUGAAGGUCCUCCAGUUAAUCCUGCCCAUGAGACAGUGAUGGUGAAGAGAGAGGAAUACGAACAAUCUGCCGAUGAGGAUAUUGAUACACCUUAUAGUCCUGCUCCCAGUGAGGCGAAACUUUCUCCAGAGAAGAAUGAUUUUCUACUGAUACCGCUGCCUGAGAAAGAAAUUCCAAAGAUUAGAAAACGCGGUAGACCCAAGAGGACAAAGAUAAAAACAAAUGAGGAAGAGAGAAAGUUUCACUGUCCUCAGUGUCCUCAUAGUUCAAAAACAUUCUCAAAUAUGAAAAAACAUAUUCGCACCCAUAGUAGUCACAAAGACUUUGAAUGUGCUGAAUGUGGUAAUCGCUAUUCUGAUAAGUACGCCCUAAGGGAUCAUCUGUUGAUGCGGCAUAUCCAGAUGAAAAAGCUCCAUCACGUCUGCCCGCACUGUGGAAAGGCUUUCAAAUUGAGAAAAGGACUUCUCGUUCACGUUCGCACCCAACAUACAUCCCGACAAAAGUACUCCUGCUUUGUCUGCGGCAAGGUGUACGCCUCCAAGAACAGUGUUGAUCUCCACAUUCGCAUCCACAGCAACAGCGAACCCGGAGGGCAUGCCUGCCCAAAGUGCGGAAAAAGCUUUGACCGGAGAGACUUAAUGCUUCAGCAUCAUCGACAUAUUCAUAUUGCCCCCAAGAAGUUCCAAUGCAAUUGGGAAUCGUGCACCUUCCAGUGUGUAACGCAGGCUGCCUUUGUUUUGCACCAGCGUACCCAUACAGGUGAAAAACCCUUCCAAUGCAGCUUAUGCGAUAAAUUGUUCAAGAGCAAAAUGGCUGUAUCUCUGCACACCAUCAAUAUGCACAAGCCUGCCAGUCUUCAAUGUGGCUUCUGUGAGAAAGUCUUCAAGCUCUCUUCUGCCCUUCGCAAUCACGUCCGCCGUAUCCAUCAGGAGAAAACACUACCCUGUCCUUUCUGUGACAAAAAGUACGGCUUCAAAGCCGAUCUCACGCGCCAUGUAAAAAAUAGUCAUGCUGUUAAGAAAAUCUAACCAUUUUCUUGUAUACAUCAAUCUAACAACUAAUUGCAAUACAGAAACUGAUUUGAAAGUGAAA